AUGGUGGAGACGGCUACGCUUAUGAAGCACUUAAAUUACUUCAACAAUCAAAAUCCUUAUAGCACAGAAAUUUUUCAAGCUUCAUUUUCAUUGGAAAAUGUCAUGGGUAACAGUAUUGAGUUGGCGUUACAAAGUUGUCAGCAGAGUUUCAAGUGGUCGCGUUGGAAUUGUCCAAGUACCGAUUUCUUCAUGCGUCGCACCUCUAAGCCACUACAACUGGAUCGUGAGGAUGCUUAUGUUACAGCCAUUGCAAUGUCUGCGAUACUAUAUACCAUCACAAAGGAUUGUGCAAGUGGGCUUAUCAAUGAUUGCCGCGUUAGUAAGGAAAACUCCAUAGUCACGCAGUGUGCAGAGGAUCCAAAAAAAGCAUUGCAAAUUUAUGAGCAACACAUUGGAGCUAUAACGUUUAACAGUGAUUUCCAUGGUUCUGUGUUAAAACAUAACCACAAAGUAAUAACGAAUUUAUUGAGUAAAUCUCUAGUGCAGCAAUGCGGUUGUGCUUCUAUGGGUGUAACAGGCUGUACCAACGAGAUCUGCAUAAAUGUGCUGAAGCCUUUUGCGGAAAUUGCCGCUGAUAUAUAUCAAAUGUAUGAAAACGCUAUAGAACUGAAUAAUAAUUUUAUAAAUUCCCGUGUUAUUUGGGAAAAUGUGCCAUUGGAUUCAUUAGUAUUUAUGAAGGAAUCACCGAACUAUUGCGAACCCGAUGCAGUGCUCAAUUGGAAUGGUGUACGCGGACGUCAGUGUUCGACAGCAAAUGAAGAGUAUGUGUCAACACAAGAACGUGAGUCUUGUCAAACUCUCUGCCAUGGAUGCGGAUUUAAAGUUGUCGCCCAAAAUCAGGUUACCGAACGACGUUGUAACUGCAAACUAACCUGGGGUUUCCAAGUACAAUGCGAUACGUGCGUGAAUGUGGAACGACAAUAUUAUUGCUAUUAA